UUUUUUUCCCCUCACGGCCAGCACUUUAGAUUUGGCACAGUUGUACUCCGUUUCUCAUUAAGGCGGCGUGCACUUUGACCCAAAGGAUAUCCUGUGCCUUCUCAGCAGUUGCAGCUUGAGCGCAUUGCACCCCGGUUGACAGACAAUUUUCAGAGCGUUCAUGCACAUGUUCCCUCUGAACAAAUAAGGACUUUUGAGCAUUCUUUGAAGCAGAAAACAAAGUGGACUGAAAAUAUUGCCUCGGAAGGUUGACGAUGAUGGAAGAAGUGAAACAAGAGCCGCCUUGUCUAAGUGUCCAUGGUCAUAGCGUUAAGGUUGCAGAGGUGUUGCAAGAUGGGGAUGGACUUACCUUUCUAAUUGUGUCUCAAAAACUGUCUGGGACCGGGGAGUACCACGUGGACCGUACCUACGAGGACUUUGAGUGGCUGCAGCAGAACCUGUUCACUCAGGAGGAUGUGCCCGGGAUACAGGGAGUCAUAUUUCCUCCUCUUCCUGCAAAGGCUCAGAUGAACGCAACAGCAAAGAUCAUCAGACAGCUUGGUUUCCUCGCUUUGGAAGAGUUUAAGCCAUACUGUACCGCACUGGAGACCUUUCUCCACCAGGUGGCAGCACACAACCUACUCAGAAAAAACAAAGCUUUGGAGAUUUUCCUCACCAGCUCUGAACCGCCUGGUCGACAGAGAGCCAGAAAAAACAUUUUCAAUCGUUUGAGUCAAGCUGUGGAAGAGAUGAGAAAAGAAGGCCACAAGGAUGUUGAUGAGUUCUUUCAAACCAAACGGGACAUCAAUCUCGCUUUAACCGGCUGUACCAAAAGCGCAGCGGAUAAAUUCCUGGAUGUGGUGCUAACUGAGCAAAAAAUAGCAGUGGCCUGCGGGCACUUUGCAGCUGCCCUGCAUCUGUGUGUGGAAUCGGGGGAUGAUCCUGACAAAGCAGCUUUUUCCAAGAUUUGUGUAAAAUUAUCAGCCAUCUUUGAGUCAAUGAAGAAAAAUAUGACAAAUGUUGCGGAGAAUGAUGUGAGCACCCUUGGCCUUGGCCUGGAUCUGGAAUCACGCUAUCAGGAAGCAGAAAAAGAGAUGCUUUUCAGGAGAACCUGUAAACUAGUGGAGUUGGAAACUGCCAGAAAGAAUGCAGAGAAGGCCAAACCAGUCAAGAAGCCUCCUUUGGAAGAGGUGAAGAAAGCAGCAGAGACCGAGUUCAGUCACAUUUGCGAAGUGGCAAAACAGGAGAUUGAGCACUUCGAGGCUGCUCGUGUAAAGAUGGUGCAGCAGGCUCUGCUAAAGUGGUGUGAAAAACAGCUCCACACAGCCCGGGAACUCGCUGAUCAGUACAACCAGCAUCUCAAGGCUUUUAGAGCGAUGUGACCCCCUUGCCCACCAUGUGAACUUCCUGUAUGUUGGAACAUAGUAUUUCACUUACGGUAGUUGCAUUUAAGUGCAAAUGGCACUCAGGGAAAACAGAAAUAUAAGCACAUGAGACCAAUUCAAUUCACAUGUGACAAUUAUUCCCUGCCCACUAACUACACUACAUUGUUUGAUGUUCUGAUGCCACCAAAUAAAGUGUGACAAAUUGAA